AUGCAAGGCUUGCAAGAAGAUGUUCGCCUUCCACCAGGCGCACAAGAAAGUCAGGGCUGUUUUGCUUCCGGGCCGGAGUUUUUCGACGAAGAUUCGGGCCGGGAUGAGUCCGGGCCCUCUGUUUCGGCCUGGCCCGCGAAUAAACUGAAGGUUCAUGAAUGCUCGGUUUGCUGCAGGGUUUUUGCCUCCGGGCAGGCGCUUGGCGGUCACAAGAGAUGCCACUGGCUGACGAGCUCUGCCCAAAAUGCUUACAAUAUCCCGGGCUUUCAGGAGCUUCAGUAUGAGUAUGAGUAUGACCACGGAAAGCCUGUGUUCGUGCCUGCGCCGGAUCGCGGCUGCCAGCUGGAUCUGAAUCUUAAUCUUCCGGCUCAGGAAAUUGAGGGUCGGGAUGGAUUGGAGACGAAGAAGAUAAGGAUAAGGAGGAUGAGUGACUUACGAGACGCGAACUAUGUGGAAGGGUGGCUGCAGAUAGGGGGAUUGCAUCGGCUGCCGAAUUUUGAUGAUUAUGGCCGUAUAACAGAGAUUUCGUUAUAUAUACACACCUGGACAGGAUAUCAAAGUUCCACCUCAUGUAGUUCAUCUCCAAAACUGCCGCCACUCGUUGACGAAUGCCCUAAAGAAGGUUCGCUCGGCAUGAAAGUCGAGGGUUGCAUGCCCAUUACUUCCCCAAGAGGUUUUCCUUCAGUUCUCUGUGGAGAGCUUAAAGAAUCAUUGAAGUUUCCACUCCAAGAAAGAGUGCGUCGAUUAUGUACAGCAAACGAGCCAUUGUCACUCGCCCCUUUGUUCGAGAUGCUAUUCAUGCUGGCAUAUCUUUGCAUGUUCAGGGCAGAUUGA